AUGGGCCCCAUACGAUUGUUUCACGUGUAUGGGGUCAAGCCCGGGCCUGUAUCAGCUCAAGGCCUUGGCUGCCUGGGCCUCUCCUCCUUCCAUGGUGAUCCUGCACGGGAAACUGACGCCAUCACUCUUCUCCACCACGCUGUCGACUCCGGCGUUACUUUCUUUGACACCUCCGAUAUCUACGGUCCUGAGACCAACGAGUUUAUCCUCUCCAGGGUGCCAUUUGAUCAUGUUCACGACACGGAGCUUGGGAUUGGGAUUGUUGCUUACAGUCCUCUAGGAAAAGGCUUCUUCGCAUCUGGACCAAAGCUUCUUGACAACCUAGGCCAAAAUGACUUCAGAAAGGCUCUACCAAGAUUCCAACAGGAAAACGUAGACCAAAACAAGAUUCUUUUCGAGAAUGUUUGUGCAAUGUCAGAGAAGAAAGGGUGCACUCCCGGACAACUAGCCCUGGCAUGGGUUCACCACCAGGGAGAUGAUGUUUGCCCAAUCCCAGGAACCACUAAGAUCGACAACCUCAAUCAGAACAUUGGAGCUUUAUCUGUGAAACUCACUCCCGAAGAGAUGACUGAGCUCGAGGCCAUUGUCCGACCAGAGUCUGUGAAAGGAGAAAGAUAUUGUAGCAACAUGCCCACUUUCAAGAACACUGAGUCUCCAUCAUUGUCUUCUUGGAAAGCCGCUUAAACUGGCUUUGGUGGUGCAUGAUAUUGAAGCUAGACAACUUAUGUCAGCCAGAUCAAGGUCUUAAAUGUGCUGCUUCUUCCGGGGGAAACCCAAUUGUCAAUGUGUAAUUGCAUUUGUAAAAUAAUUUUUGUAUAGAGUUCCCAAGUGAAAACUUCAAUGUAAGUUACGCUGAAAAGCACGGCCAUGGUGCACACUUUCAAGAACUCUUGACACUCCACCACC